AUGGCAGAUACUCAGAACACCGGAAACGCCAAGAAUGCCACGGUCCCUCAGCUUCAUUCAAGCUUAGAGGAAUAUGAACGUCUCUUUGGAGUGGACGAGGAUGCAUACGAGCAGCCAACCACCACUAGGAGGGAACUGUGGUCAUAUUAUCUCUACUACAACGGGGACAACGGUGUGGGCCCGGGAUCGUACAGCCAAGCCCUCUUUCAGUGGGCACUGAACGGCGCCGGUCACCAACCCGACACAAGCCCACCAAAAGCGUGUACUGACUCAUCCGCAUGUGUGGUGCCCUGGGCAGGGGGCACACGAACCGUCUCCUCAGUUGUCCUUAUCGCCAAUGGCCUCUGCUUCACGUUCAUGACUGUCAUCUUUGUGUGGCUAGGUAGUGCGGCUGAUUAUGGCACAUUCGGAAGAUGGCUCCUCUUAUCAUUAACGGUGGUAUGUUGGGCGCUGCAGUAUGGUAUGUUGUCGAUCCGAAAUCCGAAUCAGUGGCCGGCGGCAAUGGCGAUGUAUGUGGUGGCGUAUAUCGCCUACGGUGCUAUCCUGGUAUUUUAUGCGGCUGUCUUUCCUCGACUUGCACGGUACACGCCGCACGUACGCAAGGCACGAGAGGAAGAUCUGAGAGAGGGUAAAAUUGACCAGGAAGAAUAUGACGCCAUUGAGUCGUUGGAGAGAAAUCAUAUCAGUAACAUCUCAACGGCUCACAGCAAUAUCGGAUAUCUUCUUACGCUUGUGCUCAACCUUAGUGUUCUGCUGCCCAUGGAAGAGAACAGCUUCUCAAACAACUUGGCCCUUUGCCUAACCAAUUCAUAUUGGGUGAUUCUCGGCAUCUGGUGGUUCAUUUUCCAGCAAAAGAGGCCAGGCCCCAAAAUACCCAAGGGCUCCAGCUAUACAACCAUUGGAUUCAAGCAGAUAUGGCUUGCAAUUCGGGAAAUCAGGUCUCUUCCCCAGACCUUCCUGUACUUUUUUGCUUACUUUCUCCUUGCCGAUGGCCUAAAUACAACCGGUACACUCGUGACUAUCAUCCAGAACGACUCGGUCUCCUUUUCCUUUUUGCAAAUCACAUACCUCGGCAUUACACAGGCUGCCUGUUCUAUCACAUCCACAUUUGGGUUUUGGUACAUUCAACGCUACUUCAAGUUCAAAACAAAGACCAUGUUCCUAUUCACCAAUUUCUUCAGCGUUUUGAUUCCUUUCUGGGGUAUGCUGGGACUGUGGACCAAACAUAUUGGGUACCAUAACCGAUGGGAAUUCUAUUUCUACAAUGUCAUUUUUGGCCUCUUUCAAGCCCCAUACUACGCAUACGCCCAAACAAUGAUCAGCGAGCUCAUGCCUCGGGGCUAUGAUAACAUGUUCUUUGCUCUAUUCGGAAUCACCAACCGUGCAUCAUCAAUCAUUGGCCCCAAUGUUAUCCAGGCAAUCAUCAACAACACUCGUAAUAACUGGAUGGGAUUCCCAUUCUUGUUUUCGAUUUGCUUCGGGGCCAUGAUUGCCAUCUAUUUUGUGGAUAUCAAGAAGGGUCGUGAGGAUUGCAGGAAGUUUACUGAGCAGCGCAAGAUGGAUCGGGUAUCAACGGAGAGUGGAUUGGACGCAAACGAUCUUGCCAAAGGAAUACAGCCUGUUGGCAAUGAUGUUGCGACAGUGGCAAGCACUAGUGCUCGAGCCCAGGGUAGCGAAUAG